ACAGCCCUCCCCUUGGGGAUAACCCACCGCUCUGCCUUCCUUCUCUCAGCCUGAGUUUCUGAGGUUGGUGGCAUGGGAGUGGACCCCCCUGGCCUCCAGUGGGGUUGAGCAGCUGGAAGCCCCUCCUACAGGCCUCAGGGCAGGGGGCUUUGUUGGCUGCCCGACCCUGUUGGUGGCCCCUGUCAGUUGUCAGGGAGGGGGACAAGGCGCUGGGCCUGAUGGGGAGAGCAGGCCACACCUAUGUGGCUCUGACACCCCUUUUGAGGUCUACUUUGUGCCAGGCUUGGGAACCACAAGGGGCAGAGCCACAUCGGGGUGCGCGCACUGGGUGGGCUGUGAAGGGUGCCUGGGGGCUGAGGUGCUUUUAUAGGUCCACUUGCUUUAGGAAGAUUCGGUCAGAAAAUCGGCUGCCCCUCCCUGCUGGGGGUUGGGCUGGGCUCCCUCUUGGUGCCCCUUGUAGGUAAGGGGAGCCCAGAGACAAGGCUUGGUCCUCAGGGUGCCUGUGCCCCCAGGCCUCCCCGGCAAAGGCAAGUCUGCAGGGGAGAGGGUCUCGCUGGCUGCCGGGGGUAUAGACAGGGAGCUGGGCUGGGCCGGGCGGCUUCUGGGACCCUCUUAGCCUGCCCAGCACCAAGAGCGAGAGCCCUGCUGAGUGAGAGGCGCAGGGCUGGGGCUGGGCUGGCAGUAGCUGGACAAGGGUGGCCGUGUGGCUUCAGGCUGCUCGUCUGGCAAGGGGACCGACAGAUCCCCUCCCCUAUUUGCUGAGGUCAAGGAGUGAUCAAAAACGAGGCAAGUGGGUUGUGAUUUUUAUGAAAUCCCUCACUUUCGCUGGUGGCUAAGAAUUGGACAGAGCUGCUUGGCUGCCCUUGGGGCUGGCACCCUGGAGGGGAAGGCGGCUCUAAAGUACCUGAGUGGGACCCCCAUCCCCCUUGGGACACAGCCUGACGUGGACUUACCGCCCUGGGGCCAACACCUGGCUUGGGAGUGUCCGCCCCACAGAGGCCCCAGGUUAUCCACGGACCCCAGGCACGGCUCCUAAGGGGUGUUCCCAGGUCCCCAGGAUGGUCGCCUGGGGCCCAGAGCGCACAGCCCUAGCACCAGCCCCCUGCGCCUGCGGGAGAUGGGACCGCCCCGUCCGCCCGCCCCCCGCCCGGCGCUGUCACGUUCCAGCGCCUGACUCAGGCCGCGCGGGGCGGGGAGCAGGGAGGCGGCGCCGGCGCCCGCCUCAGCCCCGGAGGCGGCACCAGGAAGCUCCCGCCCCGGCCGGAGCCGCCAUGUAACCGGCGCCGCCCGGAGCUGAGCCUCGCGGGCCCCAGCGACCCGCCGGCCAUGGGGGACGAGGACGAGGACGAGGGCUGUGCGGUGGAGCUGCAGAUCACCGAAGCCAACCUGACCGGGCACGAGGAGAAGGUGGGCGUGGAGAACUUCCAGCUGCUCAAGGUGCUGGGCACGGGAGCCUACGGGAAGGUGUUCCUGGUGCGGAAGGCGGGCGGGCACGACGCGGGGAAGCUGUAUGCCAUGAAGGUGCUGCGCAAGGCGGCGCUGGUGCAGCGAGCCAAGACGCAGGAGCACACGCGCACGGAGCGCUCCGUGCUGGAGCUGGUGCGCCAGGCACCCUUCCUGGUCACGCUGCACUACGCCUUCCAGACGGACGCCAAGCUGCACCUCAUCCUGGACUAUGUGAACGGCGGCGAAAUGUUCACCCACCUGUACCAGCGCCAGUACUUCAAGGAGGCUGAGGUGCGCGUGUAUGGGGGCGAGAUCGUGCUGGCCCUGGAACACCUGCACAAGCUGGGCAUCAUCUACCGAGAUCUGAAGCUGGAGAACGUGCUCCUGGACUCCGAGGGCCAUGUCGUCCUCACGGACUUCGGGCUUAGCAAGGAGUUCCUGACAGAGGAGGUGAGUGAAGGGCAGCCUCGGCCUCCCGCACUCCCGUGCGGGCCGUCCCUUCCCGGCUCCCGCUUCAUGCCUGGCUCUGCGUUUCUUGGUGGUGCAGAGAAAGAGCGGACCUUCUCCUUCUGUGGCACCAUCGAGUACAUGGCCCCCGAGAUUAUCCGCAGCAAGUCGGGCCACGGCAAGGCUGUGGACUGGUGGAGCCUAGGCAUCCUGCUCUUCGAGCUGCUGACGGGGGCCUCGCCCUUCACCCUGGAGGGCGAGAGGAACACGCAGGCAGAGGUGUCUCGACGGAUCCUGAAGUGCUCCCCUCCCUUCCCCCCCCGGAUCGGGCCAGUGGCACAGGAUCUACUGCAGCGGCUGCUUUGCAAGGACCCCAAGAAGCGGCUGGGUGCAGGACACCAGGGGGCGCAGGAAGUUAAGAACCACCCCUUCUUCCAGGGUCUGGAUUGGGCUGCUCUGGCUGCCAGGAAGAUUCCCGCCCCAUUCCGACCCCAGAUCCGCUCAGAGCUGGAUGUGGGCAACUUUGCAGAGGAAUUUACCCGGCUGGAGCCUGUCUACUCACCCCCUGGAAGCCCCCCACCUGGGGAUCCUCGCAUCUUCCAGGGAUACUCCUUCGUGGCACCGUCCAUCCUGUUUGACCACAACAACGCGGUGAUGACCGAUGUGCUGGAAGCGUCUAUUGCUGGAGACCGGCCUGGCAGGGCAGCGUUGGCCAGGAGCGCCAUGAUGCAGGACUCGCCCUUCUUCCAGCAGUACGAACUGGACCUGCGGGAACCCGCGUUGGGCCAGGGUAGCUUCUCCGUGUGUCGCCGCUGCCGCCAGCUACAGAACGGCCAAGAGUUCGCGGUCAAAAUCCUCAGCCGCAGGCUGGAGGCGAACACGCAGCGCGAAGUGGCCGCCCUGCGGCUGUGCCAGUCGCACCCCAACGUGGUGAAGCUGCACGAAGUGCAUCAGGACCAGCUGCACACGUACCUGGUCCUGGAGCUACUGCAGGGUGGGGAGCUGCUGGAGCACAUCCGCAAGAAGCGGCACUUCAGCGAGUCCGAGGCGAGCCAGAUCCUGCGCAGCCUCGUGUCGGCCGUGAGCUUCAUGCACGAGGAGGCGGGGGUGGUGCACCGCGACCUCAAGCCCGAGAACAUCCUGUACGCCGAUGAUACGCCCGGAGCCCCGGUGAAGAUCAUCGACUUCGGGUUCGCGCGUCUGCGCCCGCAGAGCCCAGCGGGGCCCAUGCAGACACCCUGCUUUACGCUGCAGUACGCGGCCCCCGAGCUGCUGGCGCAGCAGGGCUACGACGAGUCCUGCGACCUCUGGAGUCUCGGCGUCAUUCUGUACAUGAUGCUGUCAGGCCAGGUCCCCUUCCAGGGGGCCUCAGGCCAGGGCGGGCAGAGCCAGGCGGCGGAAAUAAUGCGCAAGAUCCGCGAGGGGCGCUUCUCCCUUGACGGGGAGGCCUGGCGAGGCGUGUCCGAGGAAGCCAAGGAGCUGGUCCGAGGGCUCCUGACUGUGGACCCCACCAAGCGGCUGAAGCUCGAGGGACUGCGGGGCAGCUCGUGGCUGCAGGACGGCAGCGCGCGCUCCUCGCCUCCGCUACGGACGCCGGACGUGCUGGAGUCCUCGGGGCCAGCUGUGCGCUCCGGGCUCAACGCCACCUUUCUGGCGUUCAAUCGGGGCAAACGCGAGGGUUUCUUCUUGAAGAGCGUGGAAAACGCGCCGCUGGCCAAGCGGCGGAAACAGAAGCUGCGGAGCGCCGCCACAUCCCGCCGCGUCUCCCCCGUGCCCGCCGUCCCGGGCCGGGCACCCGCCGCCAAGGGAGCCCCCCGACGAGCCAACGGUCCCCUGCCCCCCUCCUAGCCUCCGUCACUGUGACCCUCUCCCCGGUCGGGGCUGUGUUCUAGGAGGCCGGCUCACUGCCCCCAGGCCUCCUGUAUAGCUCCGCCCCAUCCCCAGGGAUUGUUACCCUUCUCUCCCCUCCCCCCCUACCCCACCCCCAGACAGAGCAGAAGUAUUUUUAUAAGCAGAGAAUUUUUUUAAUGUCUUACCGGAUAGAGUUAGAGAUGCAGGGAGGGAGGGGGCCUGCUGGGGAGUGGAGUGGGGGGCCCUCUGCCUAGAUGCGGCCUCAUCUGGUGGAAGGUACUUCUCCCCCAGGGGGCUGCCCUGGCAGGGGAGGGCUCCUCCUCCAUUUCUAAGCACUGAGUUGCCACAGGGAGAAACUGGGACCUCUCCCCUGCCCUCCCCUGAGGUCCUGCUCUUGGGAGGGGGCACCCCUCAAGCUGUCACUUUAUGGACUGUUCGUGCAAUUACGUCCACCAAAGACCUGUGUCGGGGGUGCUCAGUGAGAGGCCCUGGGGGACCCCCUGAAGCAUUUCUGCCUCACUUCAUGUCACCUGCUUCCCCCUAUUGAGGCUAAGGAAGGAGGUAGGCGAUCCCCUAAAAGGGGAGGCCCCCUUCUCACCCAUCCCCUCCCCUUUGGCACAGCUGCCCCUAGCUGGGGGUGGCACCUUGGGGGUCUGGGGUGGGCAUCCACAGUCACUGCCUCAGCCCAUCCAGGCUGUGCCUUUGACUUAAAAAUAAAAGUCUACCCAGUGCUGUG